AUGGCUUUGAAACUCUACUCCCUCUCUUCUCCGCCUUCAAUUUUCUCACAAUCAAGAAGAUUCUCUUCUUCGCUGAUUCCAGUAAGAUCAAAAUUGACAACAAGAACAUCUUCACUCCCUGGAUUCCACUCGAAAACCGGAGUUUACCUGAGCAAAACGGCGCUUCUGGCGUCUUCGAAAGUGGGUGUUGCGGCGGAGAGUCCUCCGGCGACGAUUGCGGCGGCGGAUUGGGGAAAAGUAUCGGCGGUGCUUUUCGAUAUGGACGGUGUGCUUUGUAACAGUGAGGAUCUUUCAAGACGCGCCGCCGUGGAUGUUUUCACAGAGAUGGGAGUUGAGGUCACUGUGGAUGAUUUCGUUCCUUUUAUGGGCACAGGUGAAGCCAAGUUCUUAGGAGGUGUUGCUUCCGUCAAAGGAGUAAAAGGAUUUGAUCCAGAUGCAGCUAAAAAGAGGUUCUUCGAAAUAUAUCUCGAUAAGUACGCGAAGCCGGAAUCUGGGAUUGGAUUUCCAGGAGCACUAGAGCUUGUUACUGAGUGUAAGAACAGAGGUCUCAAGGUUGCUGUUGCAUCUAGUGCUGACCGAAUCAAAGUUGAUGCAAACCUGAAAGCAGCAGGUUUGUCUUUAACCAUGUUUGAUGCCAUUGUUUCAGCAGAUGCCUUUGAGAAUUUGAAACCAGCUCCAGAUAUUUUCUUGGCUGCUUCAAAGAUCUUGGGUGUGCCGACAAGCGAGUGUGUUGUUAUUGAAGAUGCACUUGCUGGAGUCCAGGCUGCCCAAGCUGCAAACAUGAGAUGCAUAGCUGUGAAAACUACUUUAUCUGAAGCAAUUCUUAAGGACGCCGGCCCGUCAAUGAUCCGAGACGAUAUCGGAAACAUUUCAAUCAGUGAUAUUCUCACCGGUGGCUCAGAUUCUACCAGGGAUUUCUUUAAGUUUCUUUUUACGUUCUUGAGUACUCAUAAGAUUGCAGAUGAAAAGCCCCAUAGAACUGAGAGCUUGCGUGCUUCCGCAGGAACUUCUGCAAAUAUUGUACAAGAGAAAACUAUCAAUGACAAAACCGACGGUGACGGGUUUCAAGGUUCUCGUCGAGAUAUACUGAGAUACGGGAGUCUUGGUAUUGCUCUUUCUUGCGUCUUCUUUGCUGCCAGCAACUGGAAGGCAAUGCAAUAUGCUUCUCCGAAAGCUUUGUGGAACGCAUUGGUCGGAGCAACAAUCCCUUCUUUUACACAGAACCAAGGUGAAGGGAGGUUAAACAGAGUCCAACAGUUUGUGUAUUACAUUGCUGAUCUAGAGAGCAAGCAAACAGCUACAACGGUGCCCGAAUUCCCAACUAAACUCGACUGGCUAAACACCGCUCCUCUCCAGUUUCGCCGGGAUCUGCAAGGGAAAGUGGUUAUACUUGAUUUUUGGACCUACUGCUGCAUAAACUGUAUGCACGUAUUACCGGAUCUAGCGUUUCUUGAGAAGAAGUACAAGGACAUGCCAUUUACCGUUGUAGGUGUACACUCGGCUAAGUUCGACAAUGAGAAGGACUUAGAAGCCAUACGAAAUGCAGUUCUACGCUACGAAAUCACCCACCCGGUUGUGAACGAUGGAGAUAUGUACUUGUGGAGAGAGCUCGGCAUCAACUCGUGGCCGACAUUUGCUGUUGUCUCACCAAAUGGCAAACUCAUUGCACAAAUCGCCGGAGAAGGUCAUCGCAAAGAUCUUGAUGACUUGGUGGCAGCAGCUCUUAUGUAUUUUGGCGACAAGAAUGUCUUAGACAGUACUCCGCUUCCUACACGUUUGGAGAAAGACAACGACCCGCGCUUGGCCGCGUCUCCGUUGAAAUUCCCGGGGAAGUUGGCGAUUGAUACUCUUAACAACAGGCUAUUUAUCUCAGACAGUAACCAUAACCGUAUUAUCGUAACUGAUCUUGACGGAAAUUUCAUCGUCCAAAUCGGUAGUACCGGAGAAGAAGGUCUCCGUGAUGGUUCCUUCGAAGAUGCUGCAUUCAAUCGUCCUCAGGGUCUCGCUUAUAAUGCGAAGACGAAUCUUCUUUAUGUUGCUGACACUGAGAAUCAUGCUUUGAGAUUGAUUUUGUCAACGAAAGAGUACAGACUCUGGCUGGUAAUGGAACUAAAGGCUCCGACUAUCAAGCUUCUGAACUCUCCUUGGGAUGUAUGCUUUGAGCCCGUGAACGAGAAAGUCUAUGUAGCAAUGGCGGGUCAGCACCAGAUUUGGGAAUACAAUGUUCUUGAUGGUGUUACUAAAUUUUUCAGUGGAAACGGCUAUGAAAGAAACCUCAAUGGUUCUACACCUCAGACAACAGCAUUUGCUCAGCCUUCAGGAAUCUCGUUAAGCCCUGGGGUGUUAUGCGCAAAGGACGGUCAAGUAUAUUUUGCUGAUAGCUAUAACCACAAGAUUAAAAAGCUAGACCCUGUGACCAAACGUGUUGUGACACUCGCUGGAACAGGAAAAGCCGGUUUCAAAGAUGGGAAGGUCAUGGAUGCUCAGCUUUCAGAGCCUGCAGGACUUGCUCUAACUGAAAACGGGCGGCUUUUCGUGGCGGAUACAAACAAUAGUCUUAUACGAUACAUAGAUUUGAGCAAGGAAGUAGACGCAGAGAUUGUUACACUCGAGUUAAAAGGCGUGCAACCGCCAAUGCCAAAUGCGAAAUCCUUGAAACGUUUGCGAAAACGUGCCUCGGCUGAUACAAAGAUUAUCACAGUGGAUGCUGUUACAUCUCGUGAAGGAGACUUGAAUCUCAAAAUCUCAUUACCAGAUGGCUACCACUUCUCCAAAGUCGAAGCGAGAAGUAAGUUUGUGGUUGAUGUGGAGCCUGAAAACGCAGUAAUGGUCGAGCCAACGGAAGGAAAUCUCAGCCCUGAAGGUUCAAUGAUGAUUCAUUUUAGACAAUAUUUAACUUCGGCUUCUGUUGGGAAAAUCAGUUGCAAGGUAUACUAUUGCAAAGAAGAUGAGGUUUGCUUGUACCAAUCCGUUCAGUUUGAGGUACCUUUUAAAGUUGAAUCAGAAUCAUCUGCUUCUCAGGCUAUCGCAUUCACCGUUAAACCUAGAGCAUCUGAUGCCGGCGGGUUACAGCUUCAAGCUACUAGCUGA